ACCGGAUCGCUGGCGCCAUCCGUCGGCGAAAAUUGUAACCCUUGUUACAAUUCUCACGAUUUCUACAUUUUUUUCACUCUUAUAGAGUGGUAGAAACUUGCAGUAUAGGCAGUUUUACAUCAAUGGCGAUUGGCAAAUCCAACGAACCACGCAGCCACGCAUACAGCAGUUUCUAUGACUACGAUGAGCAAAACAUUGCUAUUCCCUGCGCCAAAGAUAAGUACUUUACUAUCCUCAUUAUUAAUGCGUAAAUGAUACCAAACGCGGUGUUCCGUCGAUCGAGUGACAUUUUUGACUAUAUAACUAUAAUUAACAUCUACAAUUUGCAAUUAACUUGCCAUUAACGCUUGGCGACAUUCUAAUCCAAGAGUUCAAUUUUGAGAAAUGGAGUCUGAAAAAAAUGGGUCUAGUAAGACCAGUGAACGACCAAUCACGCGAUGGCGACGAGAACAGGAAGACGUGGCCAGUACCUCGAACAAGGUGGACAGACCGCCGACGGGCUUCGUAAGACCUCAGAGCAAGUUCGAGCGACCAAAGUCUCGACGUGGAAACAAGGACGACUCCUCGGAGUAUGUCAGCUCAGCUACGUACCGUUCAGCGACACCCGGACGUCUCGCUCUUGCGAGACCACCGUCGGCGUCCUUUCCGUCUAAUCGUGUACCGACCGCGGGCCCGGCUGGCCUCAGGAUAGGUUCUGGAUUGCCUCGUACCGGCACAGGACUGGCUACCGCCAAGCAAUUCAACGUCAGCAUGCUAGAUAGACCGAUUACGCAGCAUGGGAUAGCGGGUGUACGACCGGGCACUACUAGGGGUCUGCCAAUGACGAGGCAGAUUCAGGAUAAGAGAUACUACGAGGGCCUGCUGCAGCUGAAAAUAAGAGAACUGACGCAAGAGAUUGGAACGAUAAUGAGGGACAUUGAAGCGCAGAACAAGGAGAAGGCAACUUACCUGCACUACGAUAAGAGGGCCAAGAGUCUAGCUACGGAGUUGACGACUCUACAAGCCGAGUUAGCGGAUUACAAUCUCGUCGUGGACAAAAUGACCUCGGAUGUCGACAAGGAGGUGAUCGAGCAGGAGGCUAAGGAGCUGGCACUGAUGAACGAACGUAGAACGGCGGAGGUCGAGCGAAUGUUCGAGCAACGGAAACAGAUGGAACAGAAAUUGCACAAGAUGGAAAAGGACAUUGAGAAUGAGAGGAAAAGGACCGAACGCAUAAUUGAGAGUAUGGAUCAGCAUACAAAAGACAAGUACGAUGAUGUGUUUCGGCAAAAGACGGAAUUACAGGAGCAAGCUCAACAGAUGCAGCGCGAGUUGGACCAGCUGUCGAAAGAGCAAGCGCACUUGGAGGAGCAAAUCGCUCUCUCCCAGCUGAAACAGGAGGCAGUGAAGCUGCAAGUGAGAAUCAUCGAGGCAGAGGAAAAGCGAGACAAACUGCGGGAGGAAGAACGUAAAAGAUUGUCGCCGGAAGACGAAAAGGAGCAACUUUUGCAGAAAAUCAAACGCGAUAAUACCGACAUCGCCGCGACGGAGGCACAGAUAGCUGAGAAGGAGAAGAAGGUAGCGGAACUCGAGCAACAGCUAGAGCAACUGGAAACUGACAUAGAGGACAAUCAGUCGGAGAAACAAGUCAAGUAUCAGGAAUUGCGUAAGCGCGAAGAGAUGAUGGAGGAAUUUAUGCUUACGUAUGAGCAGAGCAAGCAGGAGGAAAUGGAUAAAUUGGAAAAAUUUGAGCGAGAAAUAGUUAACAAACUGGAGACCGUAGCGAAUGCAGUGGAGAACAACGAGUAUCUCACGGAAGCCGAAGAAGCAGCUAUUUUGCGCGAUAAAUUUCCAUACAAUGAUUACGAAGCUGCUCAUCGCGAAGAUGACUUUGAAGAGUUAAAGAAAGAUUACGCAACUAUGCAAAAGACGUUCAACAGACUGAGGAUCCUAGAGGAGAAGCUGCAGCUAGAAUCCAAGCAAAUGAAAGAAAAGUUGAAGAAGCAACAAAGCGAGUUGAUAGUUCUGGAGGACCUGGAUGGCUUGAAAACGCGAAAUGAACUCGAGCGGGACGAACUGAUCACCGAACGAGAAGAAAUCAUGUCCGAACAGUCUAAAUGCGAGGACGAACUCAAGUCAUUGCGAGUGGAAUAUAAUGAACUCAAAGAACAAGUGGAGAAAUAUGCGAUUUAUCCGGAGAUUAGUACCCUAGAAGAUAAGUUGGAAAAAUUGAAAGAAGAUAACAAAAAGAUCGAAGAAGUCAUAGCUAAAGAAAAGGAACGAGUUGAUUGUGAGCCACUCAAAGAGAAAGCUUUCAAGCUAAUUAACGAUUACAGCGCGAAACUUCAAGAAAAUCUAAAAUCUCUUCAUUAGAUAAUGUUUUACGAUAAUAGUAUUUACCUCUUAACAGUAUUUAUUAUAAAAUAAUAAUACAGCAAAUAUACGAAAUAAAUAAAUGGAGAAUAAGACGAUAGAA